AUACAGACAAGAGAUAACAUGUCUUUUAUUUGUACUCUCAGAAGAGCCAAGAAACACUUUUCCCCAAAAUCCCCUUACCCAUAACUCAUUGGCCUGCCUGGAGACAGGAGUCCAUUUCUGACAGAGAAAUGCUGACCUAACUGGUUAGAUUAGACAACUCCAGGCCUCAACCAAUCACUGCAUCAAGGGAAAUGGGCUUACUGGAAUUGGCUUUGGUCAAUCACAGUCCAUAUCUGGUGAUCAACUGCUUUCAAAGCAUAUCAGCAGGGGGGACCCAGAUGAAAAUUUAAGUACUUUUUUAGGCAGGAGAAAGGAAGUAGUAGAUGCUAGAAAGACAAACCAUAUUCACUAUCAUUUUUCUGGCCAAUAAGUGAAAAUAUGCCUAGUAAAGUAGAUAAAGUGAAGUAGGAGAUAGAGUAACAACUUCCCUUUUUUUCAGCAAUGGGAUGUUAGAAGUAAAUGGAAUCCUAAAAUGUACCCAAUCUGAACUCUUCAUUUUAUAAAGAAACUGAGACUCUGGUUAAUUGAUUUGGCCAUAUUUACAAAGUCUGGAUAGCCUGUUUCCUAAUCAGUCAUUCAUUCAGCAGCAAUUGUUUAUCAAGAAUUUACUAUUUGCCAGGAACCUCUCUAGUCACUGGAGAUACAGGAGAGAAUAAAACAAAAAAAACUAUGCUUUCCUAAGUUCACAUCUUAUUGGGGGCCUUUUCCCUAAGGUCAUUACUCCCACUCGCUGUUUACAACAACCCCAGGCGUUCUGUUUCCUCUCUUAGCUCCAGACAUCUGCAACCUGUGCUCCUUCCUUUUGCAGCUACCCAGCUUUCAGAUGCAGCUGAUGCCAUGGGCUUCAGAGACCUGAAAAGCCCCACUGGCCUCCAGGUGCACAAUGAUUACCUGUCAGACCAGAGCUGCAACAAGGGGUAUGUGCCAUCACAAACAGAUGUAGCAGUAAUUGAGGCAGUCUCCAGUCCAUCACCUGUCGGCUUGUGUCAUGCUCUGCAUUGGUAUAAUUACAUCAAGUCUUAUGAAAAGGAAAAGGCCAGUCGAGCAGGAAUGAAGAAAGUUUUGGGGAAGUAUGGUCCUGCUAAUGGGGAAGAUCGUAGAAGUGGAGCUACAGAUAGUGAAGAUGACGAUGACAUUGAUCUAUUUGGAUUUGAUGAGGGAGAGGAAAGUACAGAAUCAAAGAAGCAAAGGGAAGAAUAUCCUGCUGAAGAAUAUCCUACUAUGAAUCAACAUAACUCAACCUUUGAUUCACAGUAUAAAUCAAAGAAAGACAAAAAGAAAGCUGCCCCUGUUGCCAAGUCUUUCACCUUACUAGAUAUGAAACCUUGUGAUACUGAGACAAAUAUGGCAAAAUUAGAGGAGUGGCAUUAAAAAAGUCAAAAAAACAAUAGAUUUUGGCAUGGAUGUGUGAAAAGGAAACACACACUGCUGGUGGAAAUGCAAAUAAAUACAACCUCUAUGGAAAACGGUACAGAGAUUCUUUAAAGAACUGAAAGUAAAUUUACCAUUUGGUCCAGCACUUCUACCACUUGGUAUCUACCCAAAGGUAAAGAUGUCAUUUUAUAUAUAUAUAUAUAUAUAUAUAUACACACACACACACACAUACACACACACACACACCACUUGCACACA